AUGCUGCCACUGAGACUGAGACUAAUACCAAGAGUGAGAGCUGCUAGGCUGUUUAGCACCUCAGCAGCCACAAGACAAGUAAUACGUAAUGGAUCCUUUAGGAGACACGCCAGGAGAAACCAGGUUGCUGGUCAGGGCUAUGACUACAAUGACACUAUGAGCUUAAACCGCGGUUCCAGCAUAAUCACUAUAAACCACCCGAUCGCUACUACUAUUCUAAAUGAACCUACUAUUAUCGUUGAGAGGCAACUUGAACUGAUGAAUGUGUUUCUAGGGUAUGAGCAGGCAAAUAAGUACGCCAUCAUGGAUGCAAUGGGGAACAAGAUCGGAUAUAUGAUGGAACGUGAUUUUUCAAUUGGUAAGGCCAUAAUGAGACAAUUUUACCGGUUACACAGACCUUUUAUAGUAGAUGUCUUUGACAACUGGGGGAACAUACUGAUGAGUAUUAGAAGACCUUUCUCCUUUAUCAACUCACAUAUCAAAGCUAUCAUACCCUCGCAAGUGACCCAGGUGAUACGGAAUGGGAAGGAUGUCACACAGGAUCUUAAUGUGCUCGAGGAUAAUGGUACCAUGGUAGGUGAAACAAUACAGAGGUGGCAUGUCUGGAGACGUAAAUAUGACCUCUUCCAAAAAGAUCCAAAUACCUCAGAUGAUGAAGUUUUAAAUCAAUUUGGAGAGAUCAAUGCACCUUUUCUGUCUUUCGAAUUCCCUGUUUUAGACCAGUCCGGUAAGAUUAUGGGCGGUGUUGAUCGUAAUUGGGUCGGGCUAGGCAGAGAGUUCUUCACUGACACAGGUGUCUACAUAAUCAGAUUUGAUGCACAACGCAGUUACAUGAACAAUGAUGGAACUAUGAUAUACCCUCCUGAAAUUAUGAGCAACGAAAUAAUGAAUUUUGAUCAAAGAGCUGUCCUGUUAGCUAACGCUGUCUCUAUCGAUUUUGAUUAUUUCUCGAGACAUUCCAACCAUGGUGGAUUUGUCAGUUUCGGUAGCUACGAAUGA